AUGCGUUUCUCCAUCGCCGCUACACUGUCGUUGGCCUCGUUGGCCGUGGCCCAAAACUGCGGCCCUCAAUACAACAACCAAGUCUGCGACACUGGGAAAUGCUGUAGCCAGUACGGAUGGUGCGACACCACCCCCGACCACUGUAACCCGGAGAACUGCCUCAAAUCCUUCUCGGGAGCCGGAUCCAAAUGCUCCACCCCAAGCUCCACCCUCAUCACCAAAGCCGCAGCCACCACCACCAAACCAGCCCCGACAUCCCCCAUCUUCCCCAGCGAGGUCCCUGAAAUCGACGUCUGCGGCUCCGCCCAAGGCGGCGUGACCUGCCCCGGUGCCGGCGCAAAUGGCUACUUCUACCGCUGCUGCUCCUCGGCCGGUCACUGCGGCCCCAAGAACGACAUCCAGGACCAAAGCCUCUACUGCGGUGACGGAUGCCAGGCCGGGUUCGGCAAGUGCGAUUCCCAGCCCGCUCCUGCGCAGCCAACCGAAGGAUCCGGCGUCGCUGGAGAGGGCGAGGAUUGCGGGCCAAUUGUCAACCGCAAGUGCGGCGAUGGGCUGUGCUGCUCUGGUAGCAACUUCUGUGGCAAGUCGGAGGACUUCUGCGGCGCUGCUAACUGGUGCCAGCCCAAGUGGGGCAAGUGCAAUUAA